CUUUAGUUAUUGGAGCCCAGCCUUAGCCCACACUAUACUCUUACUAACUCAUUGACUAGAAAAAGAACCGAAAACAAAACAGAAUUGGAAAAAGGAAAAUGGGAAGAUCAUUCACACUAGUUCAAACAGUAACCACAGCCGGGGUUUUCUCUGCCGUUUCCUACUGGUAUGGUUUCAUGUUUGGAAGAGAAUCAGCUCGGAAAGAGCUUGGAGACUUAAUUGAAGAUCUUCGCCGUGGAAAUCCGAAUUCAAUUGAAGAGAAUCAGCUCGGAAAGAGCUUGGAGACUUAAGAGAACCUUGGGAUUUUGACUUUUAACUCCUCCUCUUCUUCUGUGUUAUAGUGAGUUAAUUGUUUCCUGCCGUAAUUAUUUUUUUGCUCUUUCUAUUUUUAAAGGAAAAUCUGUGCAUUGUGUAAUAUUGCUGCUGAUCUUAACAAGCAUUGGCCUAAUGUUAUUAAUUAACGCGUAGCUUUUUUUUAUUUAAGUAUUUUGAAUUUUGAAUUUAGAUAUACGGAUCGCUUUGUCUUGGACGCCUUUUGAUUAUUAUUAUUAUUAUUAUUUUUCAUGAA